ACGAUUUCAAUUAUAUAAUAUGAGACAUUUCGGAUUGGAGAGUUCCAGUCCUCAGUUAACACCCGCCUUAUUUCACUGGAAAUUGUCUCUCAAAAUUCAAAAAUCUGGAAGCAGAAAUUUUGGGUCACUUCAGAAAGUGCAAAAGGCUCUCAGCUUGACACCUGGCUUUGCUCCGGCUGUGUAACUCUGGGACCUCCCGAAAUGCACUCCCCCCACAACCUAACCCCAAAAACAAAUGUCCUCAAGGACCCUGCUGUGGCUCGCAUCUCCCCCCACCCCUCCACACUCCAGCUGCAGAUCCCCUGUUUAAAAAGACACGUUCGGUUUCUGCCUUUUAGGAGGGAGGAAUAAUGAGGGCUCUUUUAUUGCAUUUCUGGCUCCUGAUGGUGGUGGCUUCUGCGAAGAGAGAGAGGCCCAUUUCUUCCCCUUCCGCCCAUAAACUCCAGCCAACGGGGAGGGCGGCCUGGCACUCCGCCACCAGAACUGGCAAGGAAUGUAGCUUAGGGAAGAAGACGGCGGGGGGAGUAAAAACUAAGGGGGAAAAACCAGAAACACACUGAGCUCGCUUGGAGCCCGGGCUGCAGGCCCCGCAACUCGGACAAGAUGGAGUGCUGGUAGCGGUUCAUUGGGGGGGUCUGCCCCGCAGGGUCCGUCCUCUCUGGAGCAGGACACAAAUGUUGACCCCCUUCCCCAUCUCCAGAGCUACCUGGAGGAAGGGGGUUGUGGACUGCAGCUGCCCAGGACCACUUGGCAAAAUCUCUCCCCACAAGCAGAGUUGCCUUUAAAAACACAUCUCCAAGAGAAUCCCGUGCGCUGUGACUGGAAAUGCUUACAAUAAAGCUGCCUCAGAUCUUCAGGGUCCACCAAGUACCUCGUAUCUUCUGGGAAGAUGGGAUCAUCUCUGGCUACCGUCACCCCAAAAGCUCUGCCUUGGAUUGCGUCCUCAGCUCUUUUCAGCUGAACAACGAAACCAUCAACAUUUGGACACAUUUUUUGCCGACGUGGUAUUUUCUGUGGCGCUUCCUGAUGCUCUCCUACAGCCUGGACUUCUGGCGUGACACCUACAGCUGGCCUUUCCUGGCCUACAUGGUGCUGGUGUGCCUCUACCCCUUCACCUCCAGCUGUGCCCACACGUUCAGCACCAUGUCCACCCAUGCCAGGCACAUCUGCUACUUCUUGGACUACGGAGCGCUCAGCCUCUACAGUUUGGGCUGCGCUAUCACGUACGGAGCCUACGCAAUGCCUGACGUCUGGGUAGAUGGCCCUUUGCACCACUGCUUUGUCCCUCUGGCGGCCCUGAAUUCCUUUAUCUGCACCAGCCUGUCUUGUUACUCCCGAUUCCUGGAACUGGAGUGUCCUUCUUUGUGCAAGAUCUUGAGGACUACAGCCUUCGCUUACCCUUUCCUCUUCGACAACAUUCCAUUGUUCUACAGGCUCUUGUUCUGCUUUGGCGAAGACUGUGCCUGGAAUGACUCCAUCCCUGGUUACUUCUACCACCUUAUUUUCGCAGCCCUCACUGGCUUCCUCUUCGCUUCCCACCUGCCGGAGCGCCUGGCCCCUGGGCGCUUUGAUUACAUUGGACACAGCCACCAGCUCUUCCACAUCUGCGCUGUCGUGGGCACCCAUUUCCAACUGGAAUCUGUUUUAUGGGACUUGCAUUCACGCCGGGCCUGGCUGAGCGCUCACGCCCCGGCGGCCACCUUCACCAGGACUUUUGCCAUCCUCGGAGCUGCCCUCCUGGGCAACCUCGCACUCGUGGCUGCCUUCACCAUGGCCCUCCUCCGGUCCUCCGGCACGACACUCAUUCUGCAAAGCAAUGUCCCCGAGGUGGAGCGGCCCAAGGAGCAGUGAUGGAGCCCUCUCUGGCGGCGCUCUGUGGCUUUGAUUUCUCUGAGGGACCUUCGUUCCGCCUCCCUCGGGCGGUGACUCCUUUGAGAGCCCCUGGGUGAGCGUUUUCUCCGC